GUGCCAGCCACACUUCACAAAUAAACACACAUUUCUAUCACUCGAUUAGAAGUUUGUGUCGGGCCAAUCGGAAAAUUUAGAUAUAGAUUUCCAAUUUACAUUUUAAGUAAAAGUAAUUUCACUAGAGAAAAAUAAAAUGGUUUUGCUUAGCAACAAAGGCUUUCUAGCUCAAUUAGUCCUGUUGAUCCACAAUGCAAAUAGUAAAUCGGUACCGUUCACAUUGACAUUCAAACGAUAUGAUGGUAACGAUCGACCAAAACCACGCGAAGGCCGACCUCCAUUACCACUUCCAGACGAAUACAAAUGCUUGAUCCGCGCAAAAUCAUCAUCAAAAAAACUAUCAACAGUCGUAUCACAAGAUGAUGUGCCCAAAAUAAUGGAAGAAUAUAGUAAAAUCUUGAAAAAUGGCAUGGACAAUCUGAAAAAAGUGAAACGGAAUAGAAACAAAACGAAAGCAGCUCAAGGCUUAUAAGAUAUAUGCAUAAAUAUCUAACGCAACUAACACGCUCUUUAUCACAAAACAACAUUUUUCUCUUCUGUUAGGGAUGUGAAAAUUUAUUUUCAUUUUUAAGUUAAACACACAUAAACAAUCAAGAAUGUGAAACCAACAACCGAACACAUAAUUAGAAUCGAUUUACUCUCUU